AUGGCUACUUCUAUCAACCCCCGCCCCGCCCUUCCGCCCUUCUCUCUCCGCCCCGCCCGUCGCUCUGAACAACCUACCUUGGCCAACGUCUACGCCCGUGGAUUUUGGAAAGAUGUAUUAUUUGGUGAUUACAUCCACCCAUACCGAGAGAAGUACCCUGCCGACAAUGACCUCUACUGGCUGCGAAGGAUGCAGGUGGAGUGGUGGGAUUGGACGCAUCGCUUCAUUGUAUCAACCGUGAACGACGAGAAAAUAGGAAAAGAGAUAGUUACUGGUGUCGCUCAUUGGGCGAGGCUGGGUCCUGAGGGAGCAAAGAAAUACGGGUUAAGGUGGUGGGAUCCUCGCCGCAUCAUCCUACCCCUUUCCCACCUCUACACCUCCAUCACCUCCUGCUUCUUUCCCAACCGUGCUGCUCAUCCCGACCUAGAAGACGUAAUCGAGCGAGCCUACCCCUUUAUCAAUCCCUGGACCGGUUCUCGAGAAGAGUCGUGGUAUCUCGAGUGGCUUGCAGUUGCGCCUGAGUACCAUGGUCAGGGACACGGACGCGCUCUCGUGCAGUGGGGCUUGGACAGAGCGAAGGAGGAGAAUAUCUGCGCUAGCGUGAUCGCUGCCUACGGGAAGGAGAAGUUUUAUGAGAAUUGCGGGUUCAAUAAUACCGCUGGUACGGCGGGCCAGGGAGAAGGCAACCCGCUGGCGGAUACCCCUGGAGGUGUGGUAUACUUCCGUGACGUGCCGUGGGAGAGCAAUGGAUUGGCAAAUGGACAUGAUAGCAGUCUUACCAACGGUCUUAGACAGAAAUCGUAG